ACACUUGGACGGAUGCAGGUCCAGCAACAUCGCUUCAUAUCGUAUCUGUCGAGUACCAUAUGCUCAUGGCACCAACGGAGCCAUGUGAUUAGUGUAUUUGGUUGGCGUUACACCGACGGUGCCUAUCGCAACAUAUCAGUGUCGUACAAUGGCAUUCAGGAUGCUUUACACAUCCCUGAGAGUGAUAGCCGUGGAGCUACAUCAAGUGCCACAGCAUGGCUAUAUCUCCAAAAACGCGGCCCCAAGCUCGUUAAACCCAAGGAUAUAAUACACUUCUGGAAGAUUAGGGUCGGGGAUAAGGUUACUGUAAUCAGCGGUAAGGACAAGGGGAAGUCCGGGGAAGUGCUAGCUUGCGACAAACUGCGCAACCAAGUCAAGGUAAAGGGAUGCAACCUGCGCAAGAUAGUGGUAGAUGGGCAGGAGCUGCACAUAGAGAAGAAGAUACACUACUCCAAUGUACAGCUCAUUGACCCGUUGCUAAACUGCGCCACCCGGGUCGCCAUAAGGUUCAACAAAGACAACGAACCCCUACGCGUGUCGAAGAAAUCGGGGUACGUCAUCCCGUGGCCAGAGGAGAAACCCGAAGAGGAAAAAGAGCUCACGGAGGGUGAGAAGGACACGUCGCCAGAGGUUGCAGCCAGGUGGACAUACAACUACGAAGAGGACGUCAAGUCCAUGGAGCGACUCAGGCAAGUAAUGCAAAAGUACAACAGGGACAUUUAAUUUUACUU